UCGCCACGUUCCCGAGUCUCCCGACCUCUCUACUUCCCCUCGCCUUCCUUCUUCCCCGGACGGGCCAGAAGAGAGCACCAGACCCAAAAUCCAGGGAUCGUACCGGCGUGUAGGCGGCCGCGCUUGCUUCACUGCGUUGCCGAGCGAGUGGACAUGGGGCUGGAGAUGGCGCCGGUGGAAGCGGAGAGAUCGCCGGAGCAGCCGGAGCUGCAGAUUUACCCGCUGUGCCGCUACUACUUCGGCGCCAGGGACGCCCGGCCAUGCGCCGGCGAGACUGCCGCCGACCGCGCUCUCCGCCUCAAGGCCAACUUCGCCGCUCGCGGGCUCCGGACCAGGGGCGGACCUACGUAUACCCAACCGGUGUCACAGGACACCGGCAUUGCACUGGGACACCGGGACAAUUUUGUCCUAGGUCCGCCCCUGCUCCGGACCUGCGUCCAUGGCGUCCUGCUGGUCGAGCUGUCGGGUCACCCGCACGUGCUGCUCCUGCAAGUCAGGAACUCCUCCUUCCUCCUCCCGGGCGGCCGCCUCAGGCCUGCCGAGCAAGAUGUCCAAGGCCUGAAACGCAAGCUUUCCAGCAAGCUAGCCGCUGCGGAUCCAAACGGCGACCACCACUGGCAGAUCGGGGAGUGCAUUGGCAUGUGGUGGAGAUCAGAAUUCGAGGCCAGGCCAGUUCCAUAUCCGCCUCCAAGCACUCGUGCACCCAAGGAAUGCGUGAAGCUGUUCUUGGUUAGGCUGCCCAUGGCUCGCCAGUUCGUCGUGCCGAGGAACCUCAAGCUCCUAGCCGUGCCUCUGUCCCAGAUUCACGACAAUGCUCAGGUGUAUGGCCCAAUCAUAUCUGGAAUUCCGAAUCUGCUCUCCAAGUUCUCCUUCAACGUUGUAAGGAACUGAGAAGGUGCUUUGUGUCGGGGUUUUUUGUACAAGGGGCUGCAUUUUUGGUUAAUAGCCAUAGAACAAUAUACAGAACACGGACUGUCAGAUAAGACUAUGUACACGCCAGCUGCAGCUAGUUCAGCCCGUCUCCGGUCGGACGUGGCGAUGGUGGCACAAGGACAUUCGUAGCUUCUUAAGGCGUUGUUGCGGAAAAGGUUGAUUUAGUCUGAGGACUGCUACACACACGAUGGAUUGUGGCCGAUCUGUGGACGACAAGCUAUAGCAGCCAUCGAUCAGUUGAGUUCACGUGGGCCGCAGCCAUCGAUCAUCAGGUCGUCUGAGAAUUGUCCAGCGCAUUGUCGUCUGCAUAGUGAUUUCGUUUAGUCUAGGUGUUAUUUUCAUAUCUUGUAAUGGUUCGCCUGUGGUUGCCUUGUUUUAUACUUUGCUUCAUAAUUAAUAAAAAAGUUGGAGCUA